AUGGCCGACGACUGCAAGAAUCAAGCCAUGGAAAAACCGGAUAACGCCAAGAUCGCCCCGUCGUCCUUCUUCAAGCGUUCGGUGGCCGGCGAUGUUCCCGGAAACGCCUUGUACAGCCUCUACCGCACGGCGUCUCUGCAGCGGACCGGGUCGAUCUAUAGCUCCCCCUUGGGCUCCAUGGUCUCCGCCGGCCACUCCUUGAGGGGCAAGGUCAAGAAAUUGUGCUCGCUUUUCGAAUCCCCUAAAAUUAGGGUAACCCGACCCGAUUCGCCGGAGCCCGACCCGCCGUUCCGGCUUCCAGGCACCGAGGACAGAGUUGUAAUUUACUUCACGAGCCUGCGCGGCAUCCGGAAAACCUUCCAGGAGUGCCACAGCACGCGGAUGAUCUUCCGUGGGCUUGGGGUGAACGUCGACGAGAGGGACAUCUCCAUGGACGCCGCCUACAGAAAGGAGUUGCAGAGGGUUUUGGGCGAGAAUAACAUCAGCUUGCCUCAGGUUUUCAUAAAGGGCAAAUACGUCGGGGGAGCUGAGGUGGUCCGGCAGCUGGUGGAGAUGGGAGAGCUGGGAAGGCUGAUCAAGGGCUUACCCCUGCGAAAGGUGGACCCCUGUGAAGGGUGUGGAGAUGUGAGGUUUGUGCCGUGCGCCAGCUGUAAUGGCAGCCGGAAGGUGUUUGAGCAUGAAGAGGAUGGGCCCACUAGGUUUCUUUUGGUUUUGAGGAGAGGAUUUCUUUCACUACAAAUUGGGAAGGGAAGAUUUUGAGAUCCUCCUAUAUAACUCCAAAAAUAGCUUGUAAGGAUACUGAAUCCGUUCUAUACCCUAACUAUCCCAACAACAACAACAACAACA